GGACUUUAAGAGGGUGGUUGCCAUUACAAACUUAGUCAUCAAAAUGGCUUCUGACCGACAUUAUGUAUUUGGAAAUGGAUUGGAAUAUAUUAUUAAAUCAUUUAUAUAUGACGACCAAAUUACAAUGGAAGUCAUGAGUAUAUUGUUCGCUGUACCGGAAAAGGCAGACCUUACAAACAUGCAGAUUUAUAUGGAUCAACAGAUACAACUGCAACUAGAAAUAAUUGAUUCAUUGUUUCUUCCUGUGCCUAAUAAUCCAGGCCCAAAUUAUGGUGACAUAAAUUUAACCGAUCUUGGAGAAGCAAGAAGAUAUCUUACUGGAAAAGCUUUAAGAAAUAUAAUCAUUUUUGCGAUAGAUAGAUACGAAUCAUAUAUAUCUUUUGGACGCUUGUGUCGUUUUUUAGGGGUGUGGAUAAGUACAAAAACCCCAACUAUGUAUAUAACAUCUGCUGAAGUUGACACUUAUAGAUGUUGUGUCUUAAAAGAUGAAGCCGAUCACAUUACAAAAUACACAUUCAUUGAUGACGCUUAUUGGCAAGUAGACGCCGAAAACAUUGAUUUUAAAAUAAUAGAACUAAAAGAACAACUACUCGAGGAAGAGGUAUCAGUGAUCACAGUCAGAUAAUUUUGACCAAAAACCAAAAGUAUAAGUCUUCUAAAAUUAUAGAGUACUAUUGUUCUUGUAUUUAAAUCAUUUUUCUACAUUGCACUAAUACCAAAUCAUUAAUUAAUUCAUUGUAUUUCAAAAUAAACUGUUUUACUUACGAUUAUAAACUCAUUUUAUGUUUAUAAUUAUUAUUGUUAUAUUUACUUAUGACACAUUACUACCAAUAGGAGGUCUUAAGGCCUAGUUUGGUCUCCUAUAAGGAGGAUAUGCCGACUGUAAAACUCAAGUGCAACUACAUGAAGAACAGUUUUAAAAAUUUCAAACAAGGAAUAAAAAAUAUAACUCUCCAGUUUUACAUUUUACACCAAUAUCAAUUUUGUCAAUUAUUUUAAUGUAUUUUAUAAUAA